AUGACAGACACCAAAAUUUUAAAAACAUUAAUCAGCAAUAGUAAUGUUAAAAUAGCUCAAGAGUCGGCAAGAGAAUGGGAAUCUGCCAAGGAUACUGAAGAAUUUCCAGCAAUAAAAAAUGUUACCAUUGAUGUUUUGUCCAAGUCUUUUACAAAGUAUCUGACUUACAAGAUUUCUCCAGAAGCUUAUCAACGAUACUCAGUUAGACUUAAUAUUAUUGAGACUUUGAGGGAUUGGAGUCGAAUAAAAUGGGAUUUCAGUGAACUUGCUGUAUUUCAAAACUUGGAGUCGUCAUUUGAAUUUUUGUCUCAUACUUUGCAGAAGUAUUUAUCAGAUCAAAAUAUAAGCAGCUGUGAUGAUGUUGAUAGUCUUGUUCAACUUGCUGAAGUGUUGCACAACUCGGAGCAUAAUAAAAAAUUAUGCCAGAAGUAUUUUACGAAAGUUGUAGAAAGAAUCACAAAUUUAAAUCAAUCGCCAAAAAGUGAGAGGUUUUUGCGGAACUUACUUGAAAAUAGUGACAAUUUCAAAAUAGAAUCGUCUUUGAUAGAAAAACUUUACAUCAAACCUCUAGAAGCUUGUAUCAGUGAUUUUUAUUUGGAUAAAACAAAAGAAGAUAAUUUUAAGAAAAUAGAUUUCAUAUUCGAAAAAGUCAUCGACAGUCCAUCAUUGUUUUAUUUGAUAUCGAAUCAUUUGAAAAAUUUAUUUGUUAAAACAAAAUAUGCAGAAAAAUCUCAAGUUUUUAUUAAAAAAAUGAUGGAGGAAAUAGAACUCUUUUGUAACAAACACAACAAGGAUACUCUGGAUCUUUAUCCAACAAAUUUACAGUUUUGUGUUCUACUUUUAAGAAUUAAACCUUGUUACCAUGAUAACAAAUCAAGAAAUCUUACUGUGCAGGCGUUGAAACAAAUAUUUUUAGAAGACAAUAAUAAUGCAUUGCUCUUAGUGUCACAAUUUCCCGAAUGGUUGCCAGAUUAUUUAAAAUUCUUUGAUAUUCUUGAGGAAUUAUCUCAAAAACCCGAUACCCAGGGGGUUAGUGAAAAUUUAGAUUGAGCAGAUAGCUACAAUGUAUUGUUAAUCAUGUUUAUUUCAUCUAUGAAAUCAAUUUAUAUGCAAUGAUAAAUUAUUUAUACAUUUUUCUAAAGAGAUUUAUAUUUUAUGUUUGCUAUACACCAUAUUGUAUUGAGUUGGAAUUCUGAGAAAUAAAGUAAGCCACAAAAUAUUGGUUAACGAAAAAAUCGGUCAAAUUCAUGUGUAUAUUCAAGAGUUUAAUAAUAUAAUGAUGGGAAUAAUGUUCAUUUACUUGAUUUAACAAAAAAUACACCGCUGGAUAUCAAUGUAAACAGUAGAUGAUCGAUUUCGAUCGGAUACUAAUGAAAAAUAGCGCUCUUUAACGGGACUCGAAUUGGCACAUUGAUCACCGGAAAUUUCCGUUUUCUGGAGUCAAAAAUAGACUCAUCUUGCGUGCUGAUUCAUAUCUUCGAGGUGGAGAGGAUUAGGACAAGGUGCUGCUGUUUUUGAUUUGCACCCGAACGAUGAAAAACAAUGUUGCUCUUCACUUUUCUUUGUCCUCCUUGUAAUAGAGCCCGUUGUAAAUCUUGAAGAGAAUUUCCUAUGUAUAGUAUACAUGUAUAGUCGCUUAUGAUUUAACUAUUAUAUAAAAUUUUAAAAAAAA